GUAAACACGAAACGAUGCAUCUGAUCAAGACCACCGUGGCGUCCAACAACGGUGGCAGCAGCAGCUGGAUGAAGCCAGAUUCGUUGUCGACCAGUCGCUUUGGCGACGACGGCGGAGACGAAGGCAGCAGUCACCUAGAACACAUUGCCUCCCAGUUGAUCAUGUCCGAGGACGAAGACGACAGCGCGCCGGUGAUGUCUGCGUACAUGACGCGACAGGCCGAGCGCGCCGGGAUCACAGGGCUGUCCCCAAUGGAAGAGAUGCGGCUGGCGCAUGGCGAGCUAGCGGCCAAAGUGGCCAAGAAACGCGACUUGGACGACUUACCCGCGGCGUCGUUCCGAUUGAACCAUUACUUGCGUGUCCCGCCCGUGAAGAAAGUGCUCAAGCGCAUGCACUCGAGCAUGACGGGCAUCUCGAGCUCAAAGAAAAAGCGCCGCGACGGGUUCCGCAACGCGCCGUCCGUCGUGUGCGAAGCCGAAGUGAAGCGCAUCACGCAAGAGCUGGCCAACAACAUGGACGACAUGACAGCCGAGCAAGCCAUCAACUUUGUGCAAAGCGUCCAGCAGCGCGAAGACAUCAUCAAGAUGCGCGUCGACGACUACGAUGCCAAGCGUGUACCGUGGUUCCUCAUCUCCCCCGCGAGCAAGUUCCGCGUCCGGUGGGACAUCCUCAGUGUCGUGCUCAUCACAUACAAUGGCUUUUACAUUCCCUUUUCCAUUGCAUUUGGACGAAGAACCGACGUGCCGGCACUGGAAGUCAUGGAUCAAUUCCAAAUCAUGUUCAACGUGCUCUAUUUUAUGGACGUGGUGGUCAACUUUUUCUCGGCGUUCGAAGCCCGCGGUCGCGUGGAAAUCCGGUGGACGGCCAUCAUCAAGCGAUACCUUCUAACUUGGUUUAUCGUGGACAUGCUGGCGGCGACGCCCGUGGAAGCCAUCUACAUGGCGUUGCAUCGGCAUGACUUGACGUCCUCGAAUCUGAACAAGUACUUCAAAUACCUGCGCAUCGUCAAGCUGAGUCGCAUGCUCGGGUUUACACACAUCCUGAAUCGGGUCGAAUAUGCCCUUUUGAUCAAGUCGACACGCAGUGGCCUCAUGAAAUUCUGCCUGCUCGUGUGCCUCACGUCCCACUGGUUCAGUUGCUUCUUCUUUUUCAUUUCCAACGAUGUGCCGGGGGGAUGGGUGGACAGGCAUCAUCUGCAGGCCAUGCCCAUCUACGACCAAUAUGUGAACGCCUUCUACUGGUCCAUCAUGACAAUGACCACCGUUGGCUACGGCGACGUCACGGGCCAAAACACCCAUGAAAGGGGCUUCAGCAUCUUCGCCAUGGUGGUCGGGGCUUGGAUUUUCGCCUAUGGCAUUACGAAUGUGGUGGCUACGGUGGCCAAUUUAAACCACAACGACACGGAAUUUCAGCACAAAAUGGAUGGCAUCAACAACUUUAUGGAGCGGCGGGACUUGCCCAUGGAGCUACGCACAGAAAUCCGAGAGUUCUUCAUGAACUCGCGGCUGUCGACGGAAAACACACUGAAAAACGAGAGUAAGAUCCUAAGCGAACUGUCGGCGCUGCUGCGGUCCAAGAUUGCCUUGGCCAUCAACGACUCUGUGCUCAACAAGAUGCCAUUCUUUGAGGGCGCGGAUCACAACUUCCUCAUGGAAUUGGCACUGUCUAUGAAAAUGGUGUGCUUUCCUCCGCACGAAGAAGUGAUUGUCGAGGGCGAAAUCGGUCAAGAAAUGUUCUUCAUCUUUCGAGGGGCCGUCGAAGUGAUGAAGGACGGCGACCAAAUCGCCGUAUUGGGGGAACAACAGUAUUUUGGGGAGAUGGCGAUUAUGAACACCAACUGCAUGCGCCUCGCGUCCGUGCGGACGUUGUGCUUUUGCGAGCUUCGCAUGCUCACACGGCAAAAGUUUCUCGUCGCGCUGUCGCAUUUUCCGUCGAUGCGGAAACGGAUCGCUCGCAUCAUCCACCGCAGAAAAGUCACCCAUGACCAGGAAAUGGUCCACCGCAAGUCGUCCGAUUUUACCGGGCCGACAGCUCCGCCAUCCAUCAAGCAGAAGUCCACGCCUCGCGGCGGGAUCCACCGACGAGGAUCCGCCUCCCCCACGGCGAUGGAGGACCUGGCGGCGUCCAUGGUCCAAGGCUCGCACAACCUGCUGGAAAAAGUAGUCGGCCCCGACAUAUUCGCCCUCGAGGCAGACGCGAUUGUCGGCUCCACCAUGCAGCGCAUCUCGCAAAUGAACAUUGUGCCGAAUCGCAACAACGACGGGGCGAUGGCAGAGGGACCCCCAUCUGACGAGCUGCGCAUGAUCAUUCACACGCUACUGGAGCAGCAAGAGAUGCUUCUGACCGAAGUGGCCAAACUCGAAGACAAAGUUCGAGCGCUACUCCCCCCCAGCGACCCUGUGAAAGCGGGACCCCACGAGUCUUAUUUAACCCCCUAAGUUAUAACAUUGCCGGUUACGACAGUUUCAA